AAAAGAAAAAUAUUAAUUACAAUGAACCUUCAAAGCUUCUUCCUUUUUCCUCCAAUGGCUGUGGCUAUUCAUCCCUUGGUCUCUCUUUGACCCAGUUCUCUUUAUUCAAUCAAAUCAUCUAUCCCUCUUGUUCAGGUUUCCCAUCUCUUCCUCUUUCUCUUUCAAUCCCCAAAACCCCACCAUUUCAAUGCGAAAGCUUCAUUCUUUAUUGAGCUUUUUUGGUUGACUGUGAGAGAAUUAAUCCAUAAAUCCUUCCUCAUCACCCAAAACCCCAAGAAAAAUCCAAUCUUUUUUCCGCACAGUGGAAAAGAUUGAAUCUUUGGAGCAUUUGAAGCCCCAAAGAUCUAAUCUUUGGUCUCGAAAGAUCCAAUCUUGAGGAGGAAUCGUUGAGAAAAGCAAUGGAGCAGUCGUCUUCUUUACAGCCUCCUUCUUCAUCUAAGCCCGCAUCGGUGCUUCCCUACAAGACCCCCAACCUCCGGGACCAUUACCGUGUGGGCAGGAAGCUAGGGCAAGGCCAGUUUGGUACCACCUAUCUCUGUGUGGACAAAGCUGAUGGCAAGGAGUAUGCUUGCAAGUCUAUCCCUAAGCGCAAGCUCUUGUGCAGAGAGGACUAUGAGGAUGUGUGGCGUGAGAUCCAGAUAAUGCACCACCUAUCGGAGCACGCUCACGUGGUCAGGAUUAGAGGAGCUUAUGAGGACACACUCUUUGUGCAUUUGGUGAUGGAAUUGUGCGCUGGAGGGGAGUUGUUUGAUAGGAUCAUUCAGAAGGGGCACUUCAGUGAGAGAAAGGCUGCUCAGCUUAUUAAGACUAUUGUUGGGGUUGUGGAGGCUUGCCAUUCACUCGGCGUCAUGCACCGGGAUCUCAAGCCAGAGAAUUUCUUGUUUUCUAGUGGUGAUGAGGAAGCUGCUCUCAAGGCCACUGAUUUUGGGCUCUCUGUUUUCUACAAGCCUGGGGAUACCUUCUCUGAUGUGGUUGGAAGUCCGUACUAUGUCGCACCAGAGGUGCUGCGGAAGCUGUAUGGUCCAGAAGCAGAUGUAUGGAGUGCUGGAGUCAUCUUGUAUAUUUUGUUAAGUGGUGUUCCACCAUUUUGGGCAGAAACGGAAGCCGGAAUUUUCAGACAGAUCUUGCAGGGGCGUUUGGACUUCGAGUCAGAACCUUGGCCAUGCAUUUCUGAAAGUGCGAAAGACCUGAUACGCAGAAUGCUUAAUCGAGAUCCAAAGAAAAGAUUCACAGCUCAUGAAGUUUUAAGCCACCCAUGGAUUGUCGAUGACAGAGUAGCUCCUGAUAAGCCUCUUGACUCUGCUGUUUUAUCUCGACUGAAGCAUUUCUCAGCUAUGAACAAACUUAAAAAGAUGGCACUGCGAGUCAUUGCAGAAAGUCUCUCAGAAGAAGAAAUCGGUGGUUUGAAGGAGUUGUUCAAAAUGAUUGAUACUGACAACAGCGGGACAAUAACGUUUGACGAACUCAAAGAUGGGCUGAGGAGAGUCGGGUCAGAAUUGAUGGAAUCUGAAAUCCAGGCACUAAUGAAUGCGGCUGAUAUAGACAAUAGUGGGACCAUUGACUAUGGUGAAUUUCUCGCUGCGACCGUGCAUCUUAACAAGUUGGAGAGAGAAGAAAAUUUGAUGUCGGCAUUCUCCUUUUUUGAUAAAGACGGGAGUGGUUAUAUAACAAUCGAUGAACUUUCCCAAGCAUGCCGAGAAUUUGGCCUGGAUGACGUUCAUCUUGAAGAAAUGAUCAAAGAAAUUGAUCAAGAUAAUGAUGGUCAAAUAGAUUACAAUGAGUUUGCAGCAAUGAUGCGAAAGGGCAAUGCAGGAGGAGGUGGAAUUGGAAGAAGAACAAUGAGAAACACUUUGAAUACCAACUUAGGUGAUGCUCUGAGGAUUACAAACAACACAUUGCCGUAGCUGGAGCUUGAGAUUUGGUUUUUUCUUUGUGAGCUGAAAAUGAUAUUUGAGUUUUUGAUGCAAUCUGUUUUGAAUAGACUUAACAAUACCUGCUGGUAAUGUUCAAUUAUGUGGCCAAAGAACAAUGGCUUAGCAAUGAACGCAUAGUAUUGCUUAGAUUGAUCAAUUGAAUGUCAUGUCCUCUGUAAAUUUUCUUCA